AUGAACAGUAUUCGUCAGAUCCAGGCGCUCAACAAGCGCGAACUUGAAAAUGCCAUUCCCCCUGAAGCUUCAUGGCAUGCCGACUACCGAGAUACUGCCUACAUCUAUAUCGGUGGCCUCCCUUACGACCUAUCAGAAGGUGACAUCGUAACCAUCUUUUCGCAAUACGGCGAGCCUGUCCACGUGAAUCUUGUCCGCGAUAAGGAAACGGGGAAGAGUCGAGGGUUUGCGUUCCUUAAAUAUGAAGACCAGAGAAGCACAGAUUUGGCUGUGGAUAAUCUAGGCGGCGCGACGGUACUGGAUAGAAUACUGCGCGUUGACCAUGUCAGGUACAAGAAACGUGAUGAUGAGGAAGGAGACAACGUUGCAAAGCUCAUGGGUGAUACGGAUGGGAAAAGUGGCCACUACUGGGGCUCAGAUGAUGAGCGACAAAAACGAAAGAAGAGAAGAAGCAGUGAAUCGGAUGAUGAGCCCCGGCAACGGCCGUUGCUCAAGGAAGAGAUGGAGCUUGAGGAGUUGAUAAAAAAUCACGAUGACGAGGACCCGAUGAAAGAAAAUCAUCGCGGAGAAGAAACACCAGCCGAGAAAGAUCAAGUCGCCAUCGCCAUCACCGCCAUCAUCGCCACCGAUAUGAGAAGCGUCGGUCGCGUUCACGGGAGAAGAGCCGUCGGGAUUACCGGUCACAAUCAAGAGAGGGGCGGUCCUAUAGAACCAGAUCCCCAUCGCGGAAAGAGAGAGCCUACAGAGAUAGGACACCAGUGGGAUCCCGAUCACCUGAACCACGACGUACUAAAGACAGGCACGAGCGACACCGAUAAAGGCAUUUAA